AUGCGCAAAACUAGUAAUAUUCAACACAGUUUUCGCCGUUCUGUCUCGUUUACCACUUUCGCGACCCCCAACACCGUCAACAUGGACAUUCAAACCUUGUUGAACAACCUUCAUGAAGAGUUAUCAUGUUCUGUGUGUAUGAGCAAAUACACCGAUCCAAAACAGUUGCCGUGUUUGCAUAGUUUUUGCCUUCAUUGUCUGAAUGGGAUUCAACGAACGAGUGGCAGACGAGAUAAAAUUGCGUGCCCGGAGUGCAGACAGGAAUUCAAUGUCCCUGAUAACGGAAACCUAGCAGCUUUGCCAACAAACUUUCGUAUUAACAGCUUGCUUGAUGUAUUAGCUAUAAAGGAGUGCAACACAACCGGAGUUAAGUGUGGAAAUUGCGACGAAAGAACGAAACAGAGCCAUUAUUGUUUCCAAUGUUACGCUUUCUGGUGCGAAGAGUGCAUUGGUCUCCACAAUAGGAUGAAAGCCAAUAAAGAUCACUAUGCCUUGGCAUUAGAAGACUUUCAGGAUCAAGACUUUGAGAACAUUUUAAAGAGGCCAGAAUUUUGUGCAAUGACAGGCCACGAAAAGAAAGAAAUAGAGUUCUUUUGCAAGAUUUGUGAAGUAGCAAUUUGUAACGCGUGUGCGUUGACCGAUCAUGAUGGGCACGGAAAGAUUCUUCUCGAACUGGCUGCAAAUGAACGGAAAUUAAAAGUUGUGUCUGCGAUUGAAUCUCAGAGAAAAAGAGCUGAAACAAAGAGAAGCAAAAUCACCAAACUUGAUGAAUGCCAUAGCGAAGUUCAAGAACAAGCCGCUCGUGUGAAGAGAAACGUAAAAAAGUAUGCUGACAGCAUCAUUGCAACCAUUGAAGCAAAGAAACAGGAGAUCUUUGAUGAUGUGGAACGAAGGACAAAAGCAUCUCUUCAAAAAAUUGAAAAGCAAAAAGAGGAGAUUAAAGAACAGGCAAGACGACAUGAAUCAGAAAUAAUAGAUACUGAAACACUUUUAAAGCGAAGCACAAGCGCUCAACUCAUGCAGCCGAACGAGCAGAUGGACAAAAUAUUAAAGGAAGAAAAGAACCAAGAAGACAGAAGUGAUCGUGAUGACUGUCCAUUUCAGAAAUUUAAUUUUGUGGAGAAUCACAAGUUAUUUGAUCUCGUAAGCGCUGAACAAAUUGGUUCCCUUGAAACAAGAGCGCAACAAUUAAGUGCUGAUGGAAAAGGAAUCAGUGAGGCAAUUGUUGGACUUGAAGCACAGCUUGUCGUGACAACAAGAAACAAGAAAUGUCAAAUGUCUUACGAUAAUAAUGACUGUGUCACACUAGAAAUCAGUAAUCGGCAAGGCGACAACUGCGCAGCUGAAGUGCAAGUCCAAGAUAACAAAGAUGGUACUUACAAGAUCAAAUACUUUGCCAGAGAAACAGGAACAUGCAGUGCAUCAGUGAAGGUUAAUGAAGAACAUAUCCGUGGCAACCCUUUUGAGGUUCAAGUCAAACCCAGACAGUUCAGAUCUGUGUUAUCUUUUGGAGAACAAAUAUUGAAGAAGCCUUGGGGGGUAGCAGUAAAUGAACAAAAUGAAAUUGCAGUGAGUGACAUUGGUAAUCAUAAGAUUCACUUAUUCAAGAGUGAUGGAACUCAUAUUAAAUCUUUUGGUGAACAUGGUGCUCAGCAUGGUGAGUUUGCAGGCCCGGCCAGGGGGGGUAGUGGGAUACCAAUAUACCCGCUAUUUUGCCCCCAAGAUACCAAUAUACCUCAAAAUCGUAAAAUGUGUGAUACUAAAUACCUAAAAUUAUUUGGAAACGGAAUACUAAAUACCUGAAAAUGAACAGAGUUUAAAAGUGUUGACGGGCCUGCACGACUCCUGCAGUUCGCAAAUAGAUUUUUCUUAACACCUUUAUAUUUUAGCUCUUACUUGAGUGUCUUUUAGGGAUUUUCCUUUGUGAUAUGAAAUGAGGGGAGGCUCCUUAAAGAUGUUUCUCAGGUAUGGUUGGUUCUGUAUAAGGUGCCAUUUCCCCAUCAGUAUGUUCUUGAGGUUGGGCAACGCAGGGUGGUAUUGCAGGGCAUGAAAGGGUAGUAUUUUCUUACGUGCAUUUUUGUUUCUCUGUUCUAGUGCUUUCUUUCUGUUUGCGAAAAUGACCUCUGAGAGAUGUUUUUCUACAGUUGUAGCUGGGUAAUCUCUAUUCUUUAGGCGUGUUGAAAAAUUCCUCAUGUUCUCUUCAAAAGUGAUUUCAGAGGAAUUUGUUCUUAGAAGCCUUAAAGCUUCUCCUUUGAUGAAGCCUUUUGUGACGCCUGGUGGGUGACACGAAUAGAAAUUCGUGUAUUGGAAUUUCUCUGUACGCUUGAAGUGUGUUCGCACGUUAAGGAUAGAAUCCUUGUUGAAUCUGACACCUUUGUACACUUUCGUGUCCAAAAAUGUAGUUUCUGUUUCUGAUAUUUCUGUUGUGAAUUUGAUUGUAGGAUGGAAGUUGUUUGCCUUUAGAAGGAAUUCUUCUAUUUCGUUUCUACUUGUGUCCCAUACUGAUUUGACGUCAUCGAUAAACCUUUUCCAGAAGAUGGGCUUAAUGCUGCUCUGUCUGAGUAUUUCUUUUUCUAUUUUGGCCAUGAAGAUGUUAGCAAAGGCUACGGCCAUUUUCGUGCCCAUGGCUGUUCCAUGGGUUUGAAGAUAAUCUUUCUAGAUCAGUCGUUAAAUUGGAACGAGUUUUCUAGUACUCAUCAGACUAAGCAUUUCACUUAAAAACCUGGUAGGGACUGGAGGGUUUCCUUGAUGAAAUUCUUCGUAUGCAUAGCAUACAGUGGUAAUACCCUCUCGUUGUGGUAUGUUUGUGUAUAGGCUUGUGACGUCCAUUGAAACAAGUAUUGCACUUUUAGGCAGUUUAAUCCUCUCGAUGAAGUAAAUAAAGUCUGUCGUAUCUUUAAGAUACGAAGCUUGGAGUUGUGCUAUUGGCUGAAUAAGGUGGUCAACAAAUGAUGAAAUCUGCUCUUUAGGUCCGGAACACCCUGAGAUAAUAGGUCUUCCGACAGGUGUCGGUUUGUGGAUUCUAGUAAGCGUGUAAAACACUGGGAAUCGAGGAGGAUCAGGCGUAAGGGAGAGCCAUUUAGCCGCCGUAUUUUAUGUGGCCUUCUGAGAGCAUUGUUUUAAUAAGUUGUUGAGCUUUUUUGGUUGUAGUUUCAACCAUUGGUUUGUCUAGAGGUCGGUAGUUAUUUAAAUCAUUAAGUAGAACCUGACCUUGGUUUAGUUUGUCUUGUCUGCUCAUCAAUACGGUAGUGUUACCUUUAUCAGAUUUCUUAAGAAUAAUGCUUUUGUUGCGCGAUAACUCCGGCUUUGAGAGCUUGGUGCUCUCUCGUAGAUAUAUGAUCUUUUGGCUUGUCAAAUUGGAUACUUGCGAACUCUAAUUUUACUUCCUCUAGGAAGGUCUCCAGAGCUACAGAUGGCUGGACUGGUGGUUCCCAGUCUGACUUAAUGUGGAAACGAUGAGGUUCGUUUUGCGAUUCGGGAGGUGGUGGGGGUGUGGCACUGGGAUAGGUAGCCAAACAGUAACAAUUUCAAGCAUCCGCUCGAUUUUUAGUGAGCAUUAGAGCGGUAAUAUAGCUGAGAAAUGAAUUAUACAUUACUCAGUGAUUUCUGUACCAUAUACCGAAUACCUAAAAUUCAGGAAAAACUGAAUACUUUAUACCCGAAUUUUGACCAAAAAAUACCAUAUACCUGAAUUAAAAUGGCCCGGGAUACCGUAUACCCAAAACCCCUGGCCGGGCCUGAGUUUGACUGGCCUUGUGGAAUAGUUUUUCACGGUGCUAAUAUUAUUGUGGCAGAACAAAAUAAAAACAGUAGGGUCCAAGAACUGAGCAGACAGGGGGGAUACCUUCGCCACUUUGGGGGAAAAGGAAGUCUUGAUCAACAGCUUGACCAUCCUACUGGUUUAUCUAUUGACAGUGAUGGCAAUAUCAUUGUAGCUGAUAAGAAUAACAAAUUAAUUAAGAUCUUUUCCGCUGAUGGACAGUUUUUACAUAAACUCGGCACAGAGGGCUCUUUCACUAAACCCUUUCACUGUAUCCAACAUAACAACUAUCUAAUAGUAUCAGACUGUGGUGAUCAUUCUGUAAAGUUAUUUGACAGAAAGGGUAACUUCCUUUACAAAUUUGGGAAGAAGGGAAAUUUAGACGGGGAGUUUACGGUACCUGUCGGCUUGUCCAUGAACAAGGCAGGACACCUGAUGGUUUGUGAUCAACAAAAUCACAGGAUUCAGGUGUUUGAUUUGAGUGGGAAGUUUAUCACUAAAUUUGGGACAAAAGGAAGCGGGAUACGAGAGUUUAAUGCACCGAACUCUGCAGCAGUUCUUAGUGAUGGUAAAAUAGUUGUGGCUGACAUCCUAAACAGUCGUAUUCAGAUUUUUGAAUGA